AUGUCCAAUAAUGAUACGGAGGCUAAGAAGGAAAUAUUGACGAACAGAAUUUGCGGGCGUGAUACCAGAUAUUUUGAUGUUAGCCAGAGAGCCUACACCUGCUGUCCCAUGCUUGGUAACGAGCUGCCAAAUAACAAUAUCUGUGGACAAAGACGAGCAGGUUUCCGAAUCGUACGUGGCAGAGAGGCGAAUCUCAAUGAAUUCCCAUGGAUGGCGAUGCUUCUAUAUAGGAAACGUGCAUCUUGGGAUCCGGAACUGGUCUUCAAGUGCGGGGGCUCCCUGAUCACCAAUCGAUACGUCCUCACCGGAGGCAGCUGUAUCAACGGAAUAGAGGUGUUGGACAUGGAGCUCAAGAGAGUGCGCCUGGGAGAGCAUGACCAAACCUCCAAUCCAGACUGCAUCGAGGUCAGGAAUAAAAAUAAGUGUGCUGUCCCGCAUCUGGAAAUCGACGUAGAGGAAAUUAUUGUUCAUGAAUCUUACUCCAAAACCAGAGUUUUCGAAGCCGAUAUCGCCCUGCUUCGUCUCAAAAUGCCAGUGCGGUGA